AUCUUUAAGAAAAGGUGCAGUCCCCCCGCGCCCGGCCGGAUCUUCAGAAGCUGUUUGUGUUUGCAAGCUUGCUGCAAGCGCUAGGCCAAUCACACAGAGUAAUGUUUGUAUAAACACAAGGGACACUCAUCUGACGUUCUAUUAACUUCUCAGUAAGCAUGGCCAGCACUAUACGGAACAAAACAGCAAUGCUCGAGAUGAAAUCGGACGGCAUGUUUAAGAGAGACAGAUGGAAGCCCUGCUAUGUCAAAGUCAGCUCAUCUAUAUAUCUGCUCUACUUCAAAGGCACUGAUGAUAUGUCACGACCUGAUGGAACGGUCCUGCUCAACAACAUAACAAAAGUGGAGGCUCACUCAGCAAAAGACUCUAAUUUUGCGUUUGAGGUGCAUUUCAGGCACACUAAGACCUCACCUGGAUCCCCCUGGGUAUUCAACACAACAUCUCCUGAAGAUCGGAUAGAUUGGAUGGAGGUCAUCAGGCCAGGCUCUGCCCACAUCAUGAAACAGAUGCUCCAUUCUAGGAACACUCUCUCACCCACUUCUAAAGUGGUGCCUGAAGUCUUCCCACCUGUGCCUCAAGUCAGCAGCAAGCCACAACCAAACCCACGAAAACGGUCUGACCCUCACAUCCAGAGCAUGACUCUACCCGCUUCUGUUGUCCCCAAACCUGUAAAGUCUUCACCCCCUGCUCCCCUCACGUCGUCAGUUGAGAUUCCUUCGACGCUACCACAGGAUUAUGUAGAACCCUCAUCGUUCCCCAACAGAACCCCCCCUCUUGCCCCCAACAGAACCUCCCCUCUUGACCCGACAGUCUCCCUACCAGUGGGCAUGCUCAAUGCAAACGGCCACACCCCUCCACCGUUAGCAAGACGGCCCAAUCACACCUACUCUCACAAACCUCGUGACCACCCCAAACAAAUAUCUAAAUCUUCAUCAGAAAAUUCCUUCCCACCAGACCUUGGUCAUUAUGAGGUCAUGGACCCCACUGUGGUGGAAGAGGUCCCACAGCCUGUUGCAGCUUCUAGAUCUAGUAAGCCCAAGCCCAAGCCACGGAGUAGGGUCAGUCAACAGCAACCACCCACUGUAACCAGACCUCCCCAAUCCCCGUCCUCUCCAACUGAUGAUAUUCUCGAAGAGGACGAUGAUGGUGGGUACUUGUGUCUUGUUGCUGACAAAAAGCCAAAUAAUAAGACACCGACUCCUUCUGAGAGUAGAAACGCUAGUGUGUCCUCGGACGUGGCCGAGCAGUUGAUGAAGUCCUUCGACAAAGACCAGUUGGGAUCACUGAUUCACAUGCUGCAAAAAGUGCAGGGGCAGGGUCAGCAAGGAAUGGAGAGGAGUGAUAGCCCUGACCAAGGCCCCGAGACAUCACUGCGGGGGAGCUUUAAGAGAAUGUUGAGUCACGCCCCUGACCUGUCCUCCGAGAAAAUGUUGGUGAACGAAGAGGACGACAGUGAUGAGAGCUAUGAGCCACGCCCUGAGUGGGCAAAAGCAGUACCUCAGCAGAUGGCGAGGGACAGUGCUGACGAGGGACAGUUUGACACUCUCACAGCUCUGCAGGAAGAUGCCCUCACCAUCUAUAGAGAAGAUCUUGAUGACUUAGAAAAAAUCGGAGAAGGUCAGUUUGGACAGGUAUUUCGGGGCACUCUGAACAGAGGUAUGGAGUUGGUGGAGGUAGCUGUUAAGACAACCAAGAAGUCGACGGAGGAAGCGACUCAACAAGCCUUCCUCAAAGAGAUGAAAGUCAUGUCACAACUGUUGCAUCCGAACAUUGUACGUCUGUAUGGACUGGUGCAGAAAGAUGUUCCUGCUCCUUGGAUAGUGCUCGAGUAUUUACGGAAUGGUGACCUCAAGUCGUUUCUCACCAAAAACAAGCGGCCAUUGCCUAAGCUGGUCAAGUACAUGGUGGACGUGUCCAUGGGAAUGCACUACCUGUCAGAGAAGGGUCUGGUACACAGGGAUCUUGCUGCUCGAAACGUCCUCGUUACCGAUAAUGAAACGUGCAAAGUGGCCGACUUUGGUCUCUUGCGAGAGCUCCCUAAGGACGAAUCCUUUUACCACAUGCAGACCAACGUGCCCUGUCCCGUUCGCUGGAUGCCACCAGAGAGUAUUACAGAGCGUAACUUCUCCACUGCGUCUGACGUGUGGAGCUUCGGUAUCCUCAUCUGGGAGAUGUUCAAUCCAACCAAGAAUCCUUACACCAGCUUCUCAAAUAUUGAGGUGGCAACAAAGGUGAUGAAGGGCUUCCGACUACCCGUCCCUCGUAACUGUCCACCAGUCAUUGCUCGGAUCAUGAAGGCGUGUUGGCAAGACAACCCAAAGAAGCGACCAAGCUUCCUCCUUGUGUCCACCCUUCUCACCACAAAAGUCUCCUUCCCACCCGAACCCACAGAAUAACUCUUAGUGCGUGUGUGUGUCUUUCACUAAUGUAUUUUUGUUUUGCCCAUUAUUGUUCAUGUUGUUUUUGUAAACCAAAUUUCACAAAAUUAUGUCUUGAAAGCAUUUA